GCGAACGAAACGGCGGGCUUUUACAACAUCCGUUCCCGCCACUGUAACGAAGACUGAAGACUCUUCAGCGCUAAGAGAGCUCCACAGUUGUUAUUGAUUUUGUAUUAUCAGUGAAAUUAGCCAAUUUUAGAAACUGCAGAAGAGCAGAACCAAGCAGAGAUGAUCAGUGAAACCGCUGAUGUGAUAGACAACAACGAUGAUCAUCUGAGCAGUUUUCAUGAGCAGGAGCACAAGAAACAGAAGCGGAAGUCAGAAUCAGUCCAAGGUUUGCCAAAGAUGCCCAAGCUGGAUUCUAAUGGGACUGUUGGCAUUGUUGAUAAGGACAUAAAUGGCUGGUCUGAUGAUGGUCUAGUCCAGAGUGGUCAUAGUGACACUGUCCAAAAGAAUGGCUGUGACAAUUGUGAAGACAUUGAUGAGCAAGAAGACAGAAACGGCUCUGAAAGUAUGGAAGUAAAUGGUGGAACAUCACUCAAGCCCAAGACUGUUCUUUCUGUUGUGAAGCCUCCUAAGAGAUGCGACCAGUGUAAACAAUUCCUUGAUGAUUCAGACUUAAGAAUGUUUCUAGGAGACUCAGAUGAAGCUCUUGAAGAAUUUGCUGUUUUAGCUGAUGAGAGACUCAGCGUAUUUACUGGUGAAGAAGAGAGUAUUGAAAUGGAGGAAGUUAUUCAACACAAGAUAACAAAUUUUACUGUUUAUGACAAACAUCUGCACUUAUGUCCAUUCGAUUCUGGUUUGGUUGAAAAGAAUGUGGACCUUUACAUUUCUGGGAGUGUAAAGCCAAUUUAUGAUGACAACCCAACAGCAGAAGAUGGUAUUCCAGCUUCAAAACUUGGUCCCAUUGGGGAGUGGUGGAUUACUGGUUAUGAUGGUGGUGAUAAGGCAUUGCUUGGAGUCAGUACAGGGUUUGCUGAGUACAUUCUGAUGAAUCCUUCAGAAGAGUAUCGAUGCAUAAUGCAGAGAGUUUACGAAAAGAUGAGUUUAAGCAAGAUUGUGAUUGAAUUCUUGGCAGCAUCAGAUGAUGAAACAUCAUAUGAAGACCUGCUGCAUGAAAUACAGACUGCUGUGCCCCCUCUUGGUUUGGAUUGCACAAGUUUCACCGAAGAUAUGUUGCUGUCACAUGCACAGUUUCUUGUUGAACAAGUGGAAAGUUACGAUUUUGCAGCUGAUGAUGAUGAAGACCGACUCCUAAUAAGGCCUUGUUUGAGAGACUUACUCAAGCGAUCAGGAGCUGUAGUUGGGAAGCAAAGCAAAUUUAGUAGAAAACGAGUACAUCAGCAAGUUGUCAGGAAACGGGCAAAGCAAUCCAUGGCCACAACUACGCCAUUAGUGAGGAAUAUAUUUGACACAUUUUUUACUGGCCAAAUUGACAGUAAGGCGGGUGGUCCUCGAAGACGGCGGUGUGGUGUCUGUGAGGCGUGCCAGCUACCUGAUUGUGGUCAGUGCUCUGCUUGUCGAAAUAUGGCCAAGUUUGGAGGUUCAGGAACUGCAAAGCAAGCUUGUCUCAAGAGACGGUGUCCGAAUCUGGCUCUCAGAGAAGCCGAAGAGAACCAAAUUGAUCAAGAUGAUGAGAUCAGCUCGAUGAAUGAUGUUGAGAUGGACAUUCAAGAUAUGUCACCUCGAAAGAGAGUGAAGGCCAGACAAAGGAGCAUGAGCUCUAUCCAGUGGAUUGGUGAGCCUUGUAAACAAGACAAUAGAAGUUAUUACAAGCAAGUGAAGAUUGGUAAUGAGACAAUCAGUGUGGGAGACACAGUGAGUGUUCAGUCUGAAGAUGAUCGUCUUCCCAUUUUUAUUAUUCAAAUUCAAUACAUGUACGAGGAUAAGGAGAGAAAAAAGGAGUUCCAUGGCAGUUGGUUCAGUCGAGGGUCUGACACUAUACUAGGAGAGACAUCAGACUCAAAUGAGCUCUUCCUUAUUGACUUGUGUGACACAAACCCACUUACAUCUAUCAUAUCAAGAGUCAAUGUUGUAUAUCAAUUGCCACCCAGCGAUUGGGCUACUAGAGGUGGUGUAGAAGAGCCCAAAGAUGAAACCAAGGAGGACACAACAGACUUUUUCUAUCAGAAAUGGUAUCACCCCGAGUUUGCUCGAUUUGAGGAUCCUCCUCUUGAGUACAUCAGCCAGCACUUUGGUAUUGAUUAUUGUCCAAGUUGUGUACGGCUGCUACGUAGAGUAAAGAAUAGUACGCCAAUAUUGGGCGACCCACUUAGCUCUGAUGACAAUGAAAAAACCUUGUACCAGUCAUUUCAAUUAAACGGUGAAACUUUCAAAAUUGGAGACUGCGCCUAUCUCUCACCUGAUGCAUUUAAAUUCAAAGCAAAGCAAUCUUUUGCAAAGAAACUGCAGAAGAGAGAAGGAACGACUGAUGAGAAUCGUUAUCCUGAACUUUAUCGAAAGACUUCAGACUACGUGAAAGGCAGCAAUGAUGGCUCUCCAGAUCCAUUUUUAAUUGGGAAAAUAUUUGAGAUUUAUGUGACCGAGUCAAAUAAGGAUGAGAUUAAACUGAAAGUCAACAAAUUUUAUCGACCAGAGAACACACACUUGGGAAUAGCUGCGUCAUAUCAUUCAGACUUCAAUGCUUUGUACUGGAGUGAAGAAGUUGCCAAUGUAACUGCUGAUGACGUCCAAGGAAAGUGUUUUGUUGUAUAUCAUGAUUUAAGAACCAACAGUGUAGAUACUGCUACUCUCCCAUCUCAUACAUUCUACUUUUCUGAAGCAUAUGUCAGUCACAAUGGGACAUUUUCAAUUCCUCCUCCACAUAUCCUUUCUCUUUAUAACAAACGCAAAAAGAAAGGAAAGUUGCCAAAGUCUUCUGAAGUACCUCAAGCAACUGAUGAGCCUACCAACGCUUUGCCUGUCGUGCACAAUUUAUGUAGGAAUAGGCUACGUUCAUUUGAUGUAUUUGCUGGGUGUGGUGGAUUGUCUGAGGGUUUUCAUAAAUGUGGAUUGUCUGAGACUCAUUGGGCAGUUGAGAUAGAUGAGCCAGCAGCCCAAGCGUUUCGUCUAAACAACCCAAAGACAACUGUUUUUGUUGAAGACUGUAACGACCUUUUGAAUCUAGUAAUGGAGGGAAAGGAUGUCAAUGGCAAGGGCCAGCGCCUUCCAAAGAAGGGAGAAGUAGACAUGCUUUGUGGAGGACCACCUUGUCAAGGAUUCAGUGGAAUGAACAGAUUCAACUCAAGAGAGUACUCUCAAUUCAAGAAUUCACUUGUUGUUUCGUUUCUGAGCUAUUGUGACUAUUACCGACCACGUUAUUUUGUGCUGGAGAAUGUUCGAAAUUUUGUUUCAUUCAAACGGAGUAUGGUUCUCAAACUUACACUACGCUGUCUCACACGUAUUGGAUACCAGUGUACAAUAGCAGUUUUGCAAGCGGGAUCUUAUGGCAUUCCUCAGAGCAGAAGACGUGCAAUUCUGCUUGCUGCUGCUCCUGGUGAACGGUUACCAUUUUAUCCAGAACCAACACAUGUAUUCAGCCCUAAAGGCUGUCAGUUGAGCAUCGUGGUUGAUAAUGAUAAACAUUUUUCCAACAUUUCAUGGUUGUCGUCGUGUCCGUAUCGUGCUGUGACUGUUCGUGAUGCCAUGUCUGACUUACCAAAGAUCAGAAAUGGUGCAGCACAGAGGCAGAUCUCUUAUGAUGGGGAGCCACAAUCUGCCUUUCAACGGAUGGUCCGUGAUGAUCAGGAAGUUUUGCUUGACCACGUGUGUAAAGAAAUGGCUCCAUUGUCUCUGGCUCGGAUUCGAAACAUACCCUGUUAUCCUGGAGCUGACUGGAGAGACCUACCAAAUAUUGAGUUGAAGCUGCCAGAUGGGAAUUUGGCAAAGAAAUUGAAGUACACUCAUCAUGAUACGAGAAACUGCAGAUCUUCAGAUGGUCAACUACGCGGUGUCUGCUCAUGUGCUUCUGGCAAACCCUGUGACCCUGCUGAUCGACAGUUUUCAACACUUAUUCCUUGGUGCCUUCCACACACUUCAAACAGGCAUAACCAGUGGGCUGGAUUAUAUGGCCGUCUGGCAUGGGAUGGAUACUUUGGAACAACUGUAACAAACCCAGAGCCAAUGGGCAAACAGGGUCGCAUACUUCAUCCUGAUCAGCAUCGUGUGGUCAGUGUACGUGAGUGUGCACGUUCUCAGGGCUUUCCAGACUCUUACAAGUUUUUUGGUACUUUGCUGGACAGACAUAAACAGGUUGGGAAUGCUGUUCCUCCUCCAUUAGCAUUUGCUAUUGGCAGUGAAAUUCUCAAAGCAAUUCAGAAACACUGGGAAUGGGAAGAUAUGGAAGAAUAAGACACAACUUGACAAGUCAUAACUCUUUUAGCUCUGGUUG